UACGACAUGCAGCAGCAACGGGUGAGCUGCUGGUGUAGCUUGUUGUUCAUCGUUCUGGCCAACGCCAUCUGGCAGGUGUCCCUGGGUAUCACCACGAAAGACCGUCGGUCCCAAUGCCUGCUUCCACGACUGAUCGGACAGACCAAUUGCUCACCGUGUGCCGAGCUAUAUGUUUUCAAUCGGAACAGCGGUUACCGGCGAUGUGAGCACGUUAACGGCCGAUGCUUCCAAUUUAGCACAGUCUUCACCACCGCCCGCAUGUGCGAGAGCACCUGCCAACCGUUCAUACUCCGACCCACGCUCCACGAGAAGACCACUCCGGUGCCACUGAUAUUAGAACCAUUCAUGGACAGCGAUGAGGAAUCUCUAUGAGAUUUUUAACAAAAA